AUGCCUGUGCGAGUGCUAUGCCUGCAUGGCGCUCAGCAGACGCGAGAGAUCUUCCAGAAUCAGCUGAGCCUCUUCCAGGAUGACCUCGCCCGCAUUGCAGAGCUUGUGUUUCUAGAGGCACCGCAUGUGCUACCUCUCAUCACAGCGCAAGAUGACAUACCCACGCGAUCGUGGUGCAGCGCGGACGGCAGGGAAGACUACAGCGCUGGAGAUGCGCUGGUUGCGACAGCGAUGCAGCCUGCCGGCCCAAGCACUGACCUUGCCUUCACCGUCAUGCUUGGCUUCUCGCAGGGGGCUUUGAUGAUUUAUCGAUACCUGUGGCUGCACGCGACGGACGCUGCGGUGGCUGCGCAGCUGCGCGGUGUCGUCGUAGCCGGCGCGCCAGACCCACGCCGCAUGUUCCCGCGCAACGCAGACAACACACUCUUUCAAUCCGCCUCUGACAGCGCUGCAAGCUCCGCCACCGGGGCCACCGUUUUUGCUGCACUACCCUUUCUUCACAUCAUUGGUAAGAAGGAUGCCAUUGUGGCGCCGGAGGAGAGCGCCGCCUUUGCGCAGGUGUGCAGCAGCGCUUCUCAUAUUCUCUUCCACGAGCAUGCGCACAGUAUUCCUGCGCUAAAAGAAGUGCGCACGGGAGUGCGAGAGGUGUGCCAGGCAGCCUUGCUGAGCUCAGCCAAGUUGGCGGAGACGCUCGAGGCCCGGGCGGAGGAGCUGGAGAUGGUCCGCUCCAUGUACGAGGAGGAAUGUGUUCUGACCUGCGGCAACGAGACACUCCUGCGCAUUCCGCUCUUCACGGAUGCGGAGUCUCUGGUAGCAUCCUCUCCUUCACCGGCGGCAGCGUCGCUGGAGGCGUCUGCGGUGCACGCGCUAGGGCGCAUCAAGGUUUGCUUCCGCGUGCCCUGGAGCUACCCGUCAACGCUGCCGACGGUGGAGAUGGCUGACGGUCCAGCCUGGCACUCGGUCAAGUACGAGCGCUGGGCAGCAGACAUCGUGGUGCGCACCUCGGCCUACCUCGCCGACGAGCUCGGUGUCGAGACGGCUAUGCUGCUGCCAGCCUACCUCUACGCCGCUGGGCUGGCGCAAGAGAAGUUGGACGUCCUCGUUGAUAUCUUCGCCGAAGAGGUGUGUGGCCGCGGCGGGGCUGACGGAGAAGCUGCAGUGUCGCAGCUUGCUAGCCCUUGGGCGGCCGAGGACGCGUUGCUCCGGGAAGCGUACAUCGCUGAGGCGGAGGCAAAAGCUGCCGAACUGCUCUUGGCUGAGGCGAGGCGCCGCCGCGAUGGCCGCCGUCCAACCGCAGACGUCGGCGAAGAUGGCGACGGGGAAUUCGACAGCGAGGAAGCCGAGUCUGAGGCCGCUGCGGCCGCUGGCGGUUGUGGCGGGACCUGCACACUGACAAUUGGCCUGAUCGGCAAGCCCAGCGCUGGUAAGAGCACCUUCUUCAACGCCGUCACGAACCCGACCGUCGAGAGCGAGGCGGCGCGUGUUGCGGCUUUUCCCUUCACCACUAUCGAACCGAACAUCGGCGCUGCUCUGGCACCUCUGUACUGCCCAUGUGCAACACUGUGCGCGGCAGCGGUGACGCGUGCUGGUGACGGUGCCACUGACGCGGCUGCGACCGCCGGCAGUGCGGCGUCCUUUAGCGCCGUCCUUUCCUCUGGCCUUCCUGGUAACCUGUGCGAUGCAACGUACGGUCACGUGCGUGCGCUGGGUAGCGACCACUUUCGCCGACAUCCUGUGAAGGUGAAGGAUGUGGCCGGGCUUGUGCAGGGCGCCUACCAAGGCAAGGGCAAAGGGAACCAGUUCUUGAAUGACCUGUGCGACGCUGACGUGCUGGUGCACGUGGUGGACGGUGCGGCCGCGACGGAGGCGGACGGCACGGCGUGCGCGCCCGGCCAGGGCUCCACGAUGGAGGACAUCACAUGGGUGCGUUCGGAGGUGCACAGCUGGAUCUACGACAAUCUUCGCGCCAAAUGGACGAGCCUCGUGCGGCAGCCGACGAAACUGCGCAGCAUGUUCAGUGGCUACCGGAGCACUCCGACCUUCGUGGACCGCGUGCUGCGGCGCGUCGGCAUUGCCAACGAAAUCGCGCUGACAGCUAUGCUGCGCACAUGGGGGCCACAGGAGCUGCACGCGUUCGUGGCGCUGUACGUUCGUCUUCGCUUUCCAAUGAUCGUGGCUCUGAAUAAGGCAGACCUCUCCACUGCUGCUGACAUGGCGGCGGCGUUGCGCCAGGCUUACCCACACGAGGUGUUUGUCCCCAUGACGGCGAGGAUAGAGUGGCUGGCGCUGCAACUGAGCCGCCAAGGCUACGUUGACUACACUCCUGGUGCGGCAUCGCUGAGUGUCAAAGCCGACUGCGGGAAAGCUGCCAGCCUGGAGAAACGCGUGCGUCAGGAGUUGCACGACGUCACCUCCUUCUUCCGCACCACCGCUCCCUCACCGGAGCGUCUGUCGUCGCCGUUGCUGCUGACCACCACUGGCGUACAAGAUGUGCUGGCGGCGGCGAUGGAGGCGUGCGGGGUGAUGCUUGUGUACCCUGUCCGCGCCUUUCACCCUGUCACCUCGCUCGCCCACUGUCUCACCUUCAAGCAAGGCAGCUCUGCUGAACGGGUGUUCAACGUGCUUGUGCAUCUGAAGCUGCUUGAGGGAAAGCUGGUGCGCUUCGAGAUGAUCGACCUCGCACCUGUGAAGCGGCAGCUGCACCAGCGGCUUUUGGCGUCUCUGGCCACCACCCUAUCGAAUGAGGUGUCAACGCCGGUGCCAGCGCAGCAGCAGCAGCAGUGCGCCGUGGCACUACCAACGAGCGUGCAGACGCUACGCAAGACGGAGGUGGUUAGCUCUUCCGCGGUGCUGGCGCGCAUUCUCUCCAACAAGCGCCAGCUUGUCUAG